AUGACAGAUGCAAGACCAGGUACACCGUUGAUGCCACAUUCAUCUAGGAACCUACCUGAUUUCAAGAAAUCUGUUAAAUUGAAGUAUGUUAAACUUGGUUAUCACUAUCUAAUCACUCAUGGAAUGUACCUUUUUCUUUCACCACUUGUGAUGUUAAUUGCUGCUGAGUUAUCCACUUUUUCAAUUCAAGAUCUUUAUGAUAUUUGGGAGAAUCUACAAUACAAUUUGAUAUCUGUCAUAUUUUGCUCAACUCUCCUUGUUUUUCUAUCCACACUCUACUUUUUGACUCGUCCAAAACCGGUGUACCUUGUCGAUUUCUCGUGUUAUAAGCCGGAGGGGCUGCGGAAGUGCACAAAAAGAAAGUUUAUGGAUCAGUCUCGGUUGAUUAGUACUUUUACGGAGGAGAAUCUCGAAUUUCAGAGAAAGAUUCUUGAGAGGUCCGGACUCGGGGAAUCCACUUACCUUCCUGAGGCUGUGCUCAACUUUCCUCCUAACCCUUCGAUGAAGGAAGCUAGGAAAGAAGCUGAGACUGUGAUGUUUGGUGCUAUUGAUGAGCUAUUCGGUAAGACCUCGGUGAAGCCUAAAGAUAUAGGAAUUGUGAUUGUGAAUUGUAGCCUGUUCAACCCAACUCCGUCGCUAUCUGCAAUGGUUGUUAAUCAUUACAGGCUUCGAGGGAAUGUGAAGAGCUACAAUCUGGGUGGGAUGGGAUGCAGUGCGGGGCUGAUCUCAAUCGAUCUUGCUAAAGAUCUUCUACAGGGCAAUCCUAACUCGUAUGCAUUGGUCAUUAGCAUGGAGAAUAUCACGUUGAAUUGGUACUUUGGAAACGAACGGUCGAAGCUUGUUUCUAAUUGUUUGUUUCGUAUGGGAGGAGCUGCGGUUCUGCUUUCCAACAAAAGCUCGGACAAAAGAAGAUCGAAAUACCGAUUGAUCACUACUGUUCGCACUAACAAGGCUUCUGAUGACAAGUGCUUUAGCUGUGUAACUCAAGAAGAAGAUGUCAAUGGCAAGAUUGGUGUUAAUUUGUCUAAAGAUCUUAUGGCAGUUGCUGGUGAUGCUUUAAAAACCAAUAUCACUACACUAGGGCCGCUUGUACUUCCAACGUCCGAGCAGCUUCUAUUCUUCGCCACGUUGGUUGCGAAGAAACUUUUCAAGAUGAAGAUUAAGCCUUAUAUUCCAGAUUUCAAGCUAGCUUUUGAACAUUUUUGCAUCCAUGCCGGGGGCAGAGCUGUUUUGGAUGAAGUGGAGAAAAACUUGCAGCUACCUCCUUGGCAUAUGGAGCCAUCGAGGAUGACACUUUACCGUUUCGGAAACACAUCUAGCAGUUCGCUUUGGUAUGAACUUGCUUACACAGAAGCAAAAGGGAGGAUCAAGAAGGGAGAUAGAACAUGGCAAAUAGCAUUUGGUUCUGGAUUCAAGUGCAACAGUGCAGUGUGGAAGGCUCUCAGGACCAUCAACCCUGCUAAGGAGAAAAGCCCUUGGAUUGAUGAAAUUGACCAGUUUCCUGUUGAUGUACCUAAGGUAUCUACCAUCUAA